CCUUCACGCACACCACGCUUUUCUGACAGCUGUCAUUGUGAUGUAAAUAAACAAUAAGGAAAAAACGGAAAACUCCCGAAAAAAUGUUCCAGCUAGCCCGGAUAUCGUUCGUGUGCCGGGCACAAUUUUCAACCGCAGUACGACCACUGGCGGCGACCGGCACCGCCCCGGUACCGAUUGUGACAUGUAAAAGGCAACAGUUUAACCUCUACCUGCACGAGCUGCCCUCCGGCGCGGAACGACUCAAGCUUGGCUCGAUUCCACUGGCAUCCGAUGGUUGGCGGCACCGAAAAUCCAGCGGCGAUUAUUUCAUCAUUCAUCCGGCACAGAAAGCACACGAGACGUACGGUUUGAGCGAGCGCACGUUCCAGCAACUGUGCAUCCGAGAUGCGCUGGUGAGCAAUUUAAACCGCCAGCACGUGUUCUCACCGACCCACUAUCAGGUGGAAGGCAUUCAAACGGUCCUGGAUGGCGGCCACACGUUGCUGGCCGCUGAGACGGGUUGCGGUAAAACCUACACGUACCUACUGCCGGUGAUGGAGCAAAUGUUGCGCCGGAAGCUGAACGAAAAGGUGCGUGAAUUCAACACGCCGCUCAUGCUGAUCAUCACACCGGGCAGGGAACUGGCACAGCAGAUCGGUAAAGUUGCCACGGAGCUGGCAGAAGGUCUGAACAUUAAGGUGCGCGUCGUACUCGGAGGCCGUACGAAACAGCACAUGUUGAACCCAUCGUUCGAGGACAUCGACAUACUGGUUGCGAGCUUCGGUGCAAUCAGCAAACUCGUAACGAGCGGUAUCUAUCGCAUGGAAGAGGUACGGUUCGUGGCUCUGGAUGAAGCCGAUACACUGCUCGAUGAUAGCUUCAAUGAAAAGCUGGUGCACCUGAUGCGGCGUUUCCCGUUCCACAAGAAUCACCUGCAGGAUUUGGGAGAGAGCGUUCAAGGGACGCAACUUAUUCUCGCUGCGGCCACCAUGCCGGCGAACAUGGACGAGCAGCUGUCGAAGCUGGUGAAUGUGGCCACUAUCGAGCAGGUGACGAGCCCGAAUCUGCAUCGCUUGAUGGGCCACGUAACGCAACGGUUUAUGCGCGUUCGCAAAACCGAUCGGCCAGAGAUUUUGCUUGAUCUCGUUCAACAGGACCAGAAGCGCCGGAUACCGACGAUCAUUUUCAGUAACAAAACACCUGCCUGUGACUUUGUGUCGCUCUACCUCAACGAUAAUGGAUGCCCGUGUGUGAAUCUGAACGGGGACAUGAUCGUGAAGCUGCGCCUGGGACAGUUUGAAAAGUUCCAGCAAGGCGAAGUGAACGUACUGUCAACGACGGAUGUCGCUAGUCGAGGUCUAAACACGGUCCGCGCGGCCCACGUUAUCAACUUCGACUUUCCACUGUACACCGCCGACUAUAUUCAUCGUGCGGGACGAAUAGGAAGGAUCGGCAGCCGGAAUGAUUGUUUGGUGACGAAUUUGAUUUCAAGUCAGGCAGAGAUUGCAUCAGUUCAGCGGCUGGAACACGCGGCGCGCACCACGAACGUGCUGCGAAACGUGGAUGCGAACGUUAAAGGCAUCAUCCGGCGAACGAUUCAAAAGAAUAUAGAUGCCGCCGCGAAGCUGGAGCUGUGAGGGAAUGUACAAUAAAUAGCAUUUUCAAAGUGGA